GCACCCCAUCACGGGCUGAUGAUCUCUCCUUCACGCAGGGGAGCAGUUUCAGAGCGAGGGGGAGUAUCUGGAGAUGGCGGCUGUCAGCCGGUAUCAGGCCGGACAAUACGAGUGCAGUAGUUCCAACGGACUUGGGACACCUGACUCCCACCGUGUCCACCUCACCGUCAACUAUGCCCCGGAGAUCACAGAUGUGAGGAACGUGACGGGCAGGAAAGGUCAACCUGCAGUUCUGCGCUGUGAGGCUCACUCUGUACCUGCUGCCGACUUCCAGUGGUACAAGGAGGAGAAGAGGCUCUCGGGAGGAAUCGAAGGUUUACGAAUCCAGAAAGAUCGGACGAGAUCGCUACUGAUGUUCCUCAAUGUGUCCCAGGAGAGUUAUGGGAAUUACACGUGCUUCGCCUCGAACCGGCUGGGGGGAAUGAGUGCCAGUAUGUUCCUCCAUGGUGGACACCCCUCCCACGGACUCCGGGCUGCCCUGUCGAGGGGUCUCUGGAUCUACCUCGGAGCCCUCGGCCUUAUCAUCACCCUCGGCAGUGAUUAGGCUGAGGGCGAGGAGUGGGACGGGUGGGGGGGGGCUGAGUUCUGGAAAGGGGUCCAAUCUGCUGGCAAGGCCAGGGGUUGUGAAUGGGCCCUGACCCGUCACUGAGUGUGUGGGACCUCGGCCUCCUCCCUUCACUCCCUCCCUGAGGAGAUAGUGCUGGGGGUGCAUUGGUUUUUCCCCAUCCCCGCAUCACCAGUGCAUGAUGGGAGUUGUUGCCCCCCCUCCCCCACUAUCCUGAACCCCCAUUAAUGCCCUCAGUGUCAGCUACUGGCCUGCUAUCUCACAUUCACUCCGUGGGCCAAUCGCCAUGACACUGGGGGGGGGGCAGCUCUGGCCUUCAUUUUCAGCCUGUGAAUCAAGUUCAGCCAUUGGCUGCUGUGGGAAGGGGCCUCAGAACUGAUCUGUUGUCAUGGAGCUUGCACGGCCUACGGUGGAUACCAGGCCCCUGCUCAUUUCCAUCAUGAUUGCCUUCCUCUUGAAGAGCACCACUGAGAUGGCUAGUAGCUGUGGUGAUUUACCACCAGUUGGUGACAUGGCCUGGAGAGCAGCCUGAGGUCUGUUUUGUUUGUAUGGUGCCUGCCCAUUGUAACAAAGGAGGGAUCCCUGAACCACUGGUGAAUUAGCAACAGAGCCCGAAGCCUGUUUAGUUGCCAUGACGAUUUUAGUCCAGGUGUUUGCAUGCCAGAGUGGAAGCCAAGGCUUGACCCAUUUUCACAGUGACCAACCUCCCAACAACGGGACGGUGGGGAGCUAACAGUACCUGAGUGGGUGCUUCUGAGCACACGGGGUGGAGAAAGUCUAAAUUUCCCGGUUAUUCCCAAAAAUCCUGCCCUUGUCUUCCAAAACCUGAGGCUGUGGAGGGAGAUCCCCAGGCACUGGUCCUACCUCUCCCCACCCUUGGCUGUGGAAGGACCGGGAUGAGAAACUCCCACCCCCACACCAUUGCCCCUCCAACCCUGCCUGCUCCUGGGACAUAAGACUCCAGGCCAAACCAUUAAUUCCUGUGUCUUCCAGCGUUCAAAGGUGAAAGAUCGGUGUUUGUACAAUGUUACCUGCUAAUAGGUCUCUCCGCUCUCUCUCUGUGCGCCUGUGCCAUGGUCCUUGGUCAACCUUGGAUGUCUUCACCUCCAAUCACCUCAACUGGGCAAAUGUACACUUCCCCCUCCUGGUACCCUGGGCAUGGACCCCAUCCUGAAUCGGGUACCCUGGGCACAGACCCUGUCCUGAAUCAGGGAAGGGUGGGGCUGGGCUUCCACCCUGUGGUGAGAAAAAUCAGACUAGAAAAGGAAGGGAGGGAUGGAGGGACAGUGUCAAAGUCAAACCGCGUGGAAACAGGCCCUUCAGCCCAUCUCAUUCAUUCUAACGGAACCCAACAGACUAAUCCCAUUAUUUAGAACAUAGAACAAUACAGCACAAUAUAGGCUCUCUAAUCCCAUUACUUAGAAUAUAGAACAGUACAGCACAAUAUAGGCUCUCUAAGGUCAAUCGAACACUUCCCUCGCACAUAGCCCUUUCAUCAUGUGCCUUGUAAGAGUCUCUGAAAUGUCCCUAAUGUAUCUGCCUUUACCACCACCCUUGGCAGCACGCUCCAUAUACCCACCACUCUGUGUAAAACAAACUUGCCUUUACCAUAACCGCAUCCCCCCCCCAUACUUUUCUGCAAUUACCUUAAAGUUAUGCCACCUCAUUUCAGCCAUUUUUGCCCUGGGGAAAAAUUUUGGCUGUCCACUGAAUCUAUGCCUCAUAACAUCUUGUACACCUCUAUCAAGUCACCACUCAUGCUCCUUUGUUCCAAAGAGAAAAGCCCUAGCUCACUCUACCUCUUCUCAUGAGACAUAUUCUCCAAUCCAGGCAGCAUCCUUGUAAAUCUCCUCAACCUUCCUAUGAUUUGCCAAAAUCUUUCCUGUCCAUCAAUAUGUCCAACGCGAUUGUUGUAUCUGCCUGUACCACUUCCUCUGACAGCUUGUUCCAUAGACCCACCCUCGGUGAAAGACCUGCCCCUCAGGUUCCCUUUAAAUCUCUCCUCUCAAAUUAAACCUGCACCCUCUAGUUCUUGAUUCCCAACCCUGGGGAAAAGACUGCGCAUUCACUGUCUAUGCCCCUCAUGAUUUGAUACACCUCUAUAAGUUUACCCCUUGGUCUCUCCUAUACUUGAAGGAGCAAAGUCCCAACCUGUCUGACCUCUCCCUUGAUCGGGUCCUAUCAACAUCCUUGUGAACCUCUCAAGCUUAUUGGCGUCUUUCCUAUGACCAAGCAACCAAAACUGAACAAGGACAGUCUCACUGGUGUCUUGCAUGAUAUAGGAUAAGAGCUAUUUCCUUCUCAACUCCUUUCUCCUGCAUUCUUCCCAAAACCCUUAAUCCCCUCACUAAUCAAGAAACCUAUCAAACUCCAUUUUAAAUAUACCCAAUGACUUGACCUUCACAGCCAUCAGCAAUGAUUUCUACAGAUUCACCACCCUCUGACUGAAGAAAUUCCUCCUCAACACUUCUAAAGGGAUGUCUUUCUUUUCAUUUUGGCCCAAAAUGGUGACUGUACUCUUCCUGGAUGCUGCCUGGCCUGCUGAGUAUCUCCAGCAUUGUGUGUGCUGCUCAGGUUCCCAGCAUCUGCAGAUUUUUUGUUGUUUGUGAUCCUUCUAUUCUGAUGUUGCACUCUUUGGUCAUUGACUCUCCCACUAUGGAAACAUCCUCUUCAUAUCCAAUAUUCCGUAGUUUUCAAUGAGAUUCCCCUUUAUUCUUCUGAACUCCAGCAAGUAGAGGCCCAGAGCCAUCAAACACUCCUCGUGUGUUAAGUCCUUCAUUUCCAAUAUCACUCUGAUAAACCUCUGUAUUCUCUCCAAAGCCAGUAAGAAGUCCAAAACUGCUCACAAUACUUUGAAGUGCAGUCUCACCAACGUCUUGGACAGCUGCAACAUAAUGUACUCAGUUCCAUGUCCGAUGAAGCUUAGUGCACCAAAUGCCUUCUUCACCACCCUGUGUCCCCAUGUCACUGUUCCCCAUAGUCCCUCUGUUCCACAGCACUCCCCAGGUCCUGCUAUUCAUAUUGAAUCCCCUGUCAUUGAAACUAUGACACCUCGCUCUUCUCCGAAUUGAAAGCCAACAUUCCCCCCUCUGAUCUCUGUCCUGACACACAUCUCUGCAAGUGGAACAAGUGCUACACCUACCCCUUCCAGAUGAGGUAACACUUCACCUGCAUGUCUGUCGGGGUCAUCUACUGUAUCCGGUGCUCCUGCCGUGGCCUCUACAUCAGUGAGACACAAUGUAGAUUGAGGGACCAUUUUGUUGAGCACUUCUGCUCCAUUUAAAAAAAGCAGGAUUUCCUGCUGCCAACUAUUUGCACUACCAAUUCUCAUUCCGACCUGUCGGUCCAUGUCUUCCUCCACAGCCAUGAUGAGGUCUCUCUCAGGACGAAAGAGUAAUACCUCAUAAUGUAUCUGGGUAGCCUCCAACCUGAUGGCAUGAACAUUGAUUUAAUGCUUCCGGUAAUUUCUCCUCCAUCCCCUUCUCCUUUUCCAUUCUGGCUCCCUUACCUAUUCUCUUCAACUUCCCAUUACCACCCUAUGGAUUGCCUCCUCCUUUCCUUUUUCCCCAUGGUCUACUCUUCUCUCCUUCUUCUUCAGCCCUUCCACCUAUCACCUCCCAACUGCUCACAUCAAUCUCCCUCCUCUACCCACCUUCCUUCCCUUUCACCUGGUCUCACCUAACACUUUCCAGCUCAUAAUCCUUAACCUCCCCCACCCCCAUCUACUUAUUCUGGCUUCUGUCCCCCUCUUUUUCAUUCCUGAUGAAGGUUCUUGGCCCAGAACAUCGCCUGUUUAUUCCCUUCCAUUGAUGCUGCCUAACCGGCUGAGUUCCUCCAGCACUGUGUGUGUGUUACCAAUCUUCAGCCCACAUCGCUGGGGUUUCUGGCUGCGAGAUAUUGUCCAUGGACUGUGAUUGGUGGGGACGGAGGGUGGGAAUGUUCCUCUAGGAUCUCUGUCUUUAGAGCUGCCUUGGGCAGUUUACUUCCACUUGCCUGAAUUGUUCUGGCCCAGGAAACGGUUCUUCAAGGAAUGUCUCAGCAUGUACAAGGUUUAGCAGAAGUUGGUGAGGAGGGAGGGGUGUGGGGAGGAUAGGGAGGCAGUGAAGAUUCAGGGGAAGGGAGGCAACUGCAGGAGGGGCGGUGAGGUGGAGACACUUCCCUCAUCCUCUGUCUGUCUCACUGGCUCCCCCUCACUCUCCCUCUCUCUCUUUAUCACCCCCCACUUCUGCCUCGCCUCCCCUUUCUCUUUCACACACUUGGCUCUCCUCCCCCACUAUCCCCGUUUUGCCUUCCCAUCACACUCCCUCACUUCCCCCUUUCUCUCGCUCCCUCCCCCACCCUCUCACUCUUCGUCUCUUUCUCUAUCCCUCUCCUUCCUUCUCCCUAUCUGAUAACCUAGUUUUGGCAUUCACCCCACAUAAAUAUCUAUAUCCUCGAAGCGGGGCAGACAUCAGCAGCCCACGCGGGAUCAGAACGGAACACAAUGAGUCAAAUGGCCCGAGUGGGACAAGAUCGAAGCCUUUGCCUGUGGUGCAACUGAGCGCACAGGGAGAGAUGUGAGAUGUGUUCUUGCAUGUUUGUGAAUCACCAUUUUGUAAUGAAUGAAAUGGAUUGUAGUGUUGUCCGCACUCUACCCGAACGCACUGUGUAGUCAUUCUUUACAA